AUUGGACGAGGCCUGCGAAGCCCCGCCCGCGACGCGCGUCGAGUUUUCCCGCUCCGUCCCGGAGACUCGCCAGCUGCUCCCGGAUUGGCUCCGUGCGUCGCGGUCCCGCCUCGCGCCUCCCUCUCAUUGGCUAGCGCAGCGGCGCGGCGGCGUUCAUUGGCGGCGGCGGCGGUCGCUCGCGGCUGCCCUGCGGCGGGGCCCGGCGGAGGUCAGCGGGCGCCGGAGCGGCGCGGCGGGGCGGCGGCGGCGGCGCGGCCCGCGGCGCGCGCGGCAGCAGCGAGGACGCCCGCCCGCCCGCCGGCGCCCAAGGCGAGGCCGGACUCGGCGCCAUGGGCAAGAAGAGCAAGCGGACGGCGGACAGCUCGUCCUCGGAGGACGAGGAGGAGUACGUGGUGGAGAAGGUGCUGGACCGGCGCGUGGCCAAGGGCCAGGUGGAGUACCUGCUCAAGUGGAAGGGCUUCUCCGAGGAACAUAACACGUGGGAGCCGGAGAAGAACCUGGACUGCCCCGAGCUCAUCUCGGAGUUCAUGCGGAAGUACAAGAAGGCCAAGGAGGGCGACGGGGCCGCCAAGGCCCGCGACCGGGCCGAGGGCGCCAAGCGGAAAGCGGGGCUGCCCGCCGCCGCCACCGACGACCUCAAGGCCAAGAAGAAGCGGGAGAGCAACGACAUCGCCCGGGGCUUCGAGCGCGGCCUGGAGCCCGAGAAGAUCAUCGGGGCCACCGACUCGUGCGGCGACCUCAUGUUCCUCAUGAAGUGGAAGGACACGGACGAGGCCGACCUGGUGCUGGCCAAGGAGGCCAACGUGAAAUGCCCGCAGAUCGUCAUCGCCUUCUACGAGGAGCGGCUGACCUGGCACGCGUACCCCGAGGACGCCGACGGCAAGGAGCGGCCGGCGGCCAAGAGCUAAGGCGCCCCGCGCCCCGCUGUACAUACCGCGGCCCCCCCCGCGCCCCCCCCUCCCCAAAACCCCCCCCCGCCGCCGCCGCUCCGGCCCCCGCGGGGCCGUCACCGCCGGCCGGGGCCACGGGUGUCCUCCGUUGUCGUCCCCGUCUCCCUCAUUUUACACCCCCCCUGCCCCAAAACGGCGCCCUGGGGGGGGCCACGCACCCCCCCACACACCGGUGGCAAAUUUUGGGGUCCCCCCCCAUUCCUAUGGGGCACGGAACCCCCCCCCGGUGUGGGGCAGCCGCCUGGGGGUGGUUAUGGGGGGGGUCGGGGGGGGUUCGGCCCCGUCUCUGCUGUUUUUCUACCGUCGAUGUUUUUAACCGGGGCCCCCCCCACCUCCUUUCCCCCGGGGGGGCCUCCCCCCCCCUCGCCACCCCCCUUAAAUGUCUCCCCCCCCCCCCCCAAACCUUGUAUUUGCUUCCAAUAAACGGUCACUUUUCAGGA